AUGGAUGCUGACAGGAAAAUAAGUGAGUCUUCAAUUCAACUACAAUAUACUUUACUGAUUUAACAGAUAAUGAACGCAAAAAGAGCUUGAAUAAAAAUGGAAGCAAAGAAGAUGAUCGACUUUUGAGCCAGCUAGCGAAAGCUUGUCAUCCCAAUGGAGAAUUGACUGUAGUAGCUGGUAAGCAAGGAAACCCAAAAAUAGAGAAUUUCAACUCUUUACGAGAAAUACUAUUGUAGUACCCCUAUAGUACCCCUAUAGUGGUACUUUUGAAGAAUGCCCCCACAGGUGGUGGGCUGGCAAUCCGUCUCAGACCUGUAGCGCACCAGUCAGUGAAAUUGGCCGUUCACAGGUCUGUUACUGGUGUCAGACGGGUGCAGACCUGUCACGGGUCGCCUAAAACUGGCGCGUCACGGGUCGCAUACUGCUCGACCAUCUCCCACACAAAACAUAGCAAGACGCACAAACAGCCAACUGUCUGCGAGUCAGUUUGUUUAAGAGAAGCGAGUGUUGCUUGCUUUUUCGAAUUAGAGGUUCUAUGAAAAGCUGUUCUAGUCCGUAUUGGACAUGACUACAAAGUCUAUAUUUUUGGUUUCUGGGGACAUUGGUCCUCUACAUAUAGCUUUUUUUUCAUUUUCAAGUUCCCCUUGUUGACCCCUGAUCAGGAACUCUGACGGGUGUCAUACUGGUGCGAGACCGGUCGGUUCCGGUUUUCGGAACACUGGUGCGGCACAGGUCUGAGACGGGUUGCCAGCCCACCACCUGUGCCUAAAAUUUCUAAAAAAUAUUUGCCGCCAGCAGGGGUCGAACCUGCGACCUUGGGCUUAUUAGACCCACGCUCUAACCGACUGAGCUAUGGCGGCUGUUAUUUCGCUAACUUUUUAUGCACUACAUUUUUCUGCUGUUCUCUCAGCAUCGACACACUCUGCUGUCCGAUAAGUAUGUGAUGUAAGAGACGCAGAGUUGUUUGGCGCCUCUCCCUUCUCUAUGACAUUUCACAACAUGAAAAAUGUGGCCUCCUUAGCUCAGUUGGUAGAGCGUGAGACUUUUAAUCUUAAGGUCAGGGGUUCGAGUCCCCUAGGUGGCUUGAUUUUUUGUUUUUUUUUUUGAAAAAAGUUUCAAAAUAUUUUUUGAGACCACCUAGUUAAAUUUUUUUAAGUAUCACAUGCCGAAACAAUGAACAAUAUAUUCCCACAGUGGAUCAGAUUAUGCUACAGAAAAAGUACAGAAGAAUAUGAACCUUAUGAUGUUAAUAUGCCUGCAGUUCUUAUUCCUCGAAAAUCUCUUCAUUACCGUUAUGAUCCACCAUUAACUGAAAGAGGUUGUAUUGUUGCACAAACAUAUGGAAGAGGCUUAUCAGACGCUGGAAUAAAACCAUACGAAAUAUUUUGUUCGCCAGAAAUGAAGUCAAUUCAAACCGCAUUCAAUAUAAUCAAAGGAUUAGAUACUUCUUACACUUCGGUAAACAAUUUAUAUUGUUAGAAAAACACAUCUGAAUAAAAAUUAAUAUUUUUGUAGAUUUGCAUCGAGCCAGCACUUCUGCCAUUCCGCCAAUUUUUCCCCAAAAAUUUUCAAGAUUUCUUGAUAAGUCCAAAAACUUAUUUUGGCCUUGGUUAUCCAAUAAAUCGAGAAUAUAUUCCAUUUGGAACAAUUGCUCAAUCUGAAUCAUUGGAAGCAUAUAAUUCGAGAUUUGUUGAUUUCUUCACUGGAAAAAUAUCAAAAAUUGAGCAAAAGUAAGACAAUUAAUUCCACAGAUCAAUUUUUAAUUUUUGUUAAUUUUUUGCAGACACGUUGUUGUGAUUUCCGAUAACUCGAUGGUCAAAAUAACAGAAAAUGUUAUCAUGGAAUCAAUUGAUGAUAUUUUGAUAGCAAAUAAAGCUAAAAGUUUUCAAUUGAAUUCAUUUAGAGUGAAAGGAAAUGAGGUAAGUGUUUAGUUUUGAGAUUUCUGAAAUAAAAAACAAAAAAUUUCAGGUCAAACCCAUCAAAAAUCCAAUAAUGCCAUUUUCUCGUUGUAUUUAUCAUAGAAAACCACAAAAUUGGCAAGAAGUUCCGCAUAAAUUGACAGUUCCAAAUCAUCCCGAUUGUGAUAGAAUCAAAUAG